CUCAGCUCUUUUCGUCUCAUGAGGUGAAACUGUCUCCUGUCUCUGUCCAUCAUGGAGGCUGUGGCUCUUUUCUCUUUCACAGCUUCAGAACCAGACGAGAUCAGCUUGCAGAAGGGAGACGUUGUCAAAGUGACAGAGAUGGAAGAUGACUCCUGCUGGGUCACAGCUGAGGUCCAGGGAAAGCGAGGCUAUGUGCCAGAGAACUACCUUUACCUCCUCCCUCAACCCUGGUUUGCAGGAUCUGUGUCCAGGCUGGAGGCUGAGCAGCGUCUGCGCUGGCAGGAAACUGGAGUGUUCCUGGUGCGGGAGAGUGAAUCAGCUCCUGGAGAGUWCUCCCUGUCUGUCAGCUACGGCGACAAGGUGGAGCACUUCAGAGUCCUGGAGGGCGGUGGUCAGUACUGCAUCUGGGACAAGUCGUUCUGCUCCUUGAACCGCUUGGUGGACUUCUACAGAACGCACAGCAUCGCCGUGGAGAAAGUGGUCCGCCUCAAAGAUCCUCCCUCAUCCCCUCUUGGACGUAACCCCUAUCCCAACCCUUAUAAAAGCACCUCGCAGGAGUCGAUCCCCUCCGCCCACAUCCGUUCUCCACCCUCUCGCCCCAAACCAGUUCUGGAGAAGCCUCGUCUGGCUCACGCCCUCUGUGACUACACCCCUCCUCAGUCCGCCCACCUCCACUUCCGGCGAGGUGACAUCAUCGACCUCCUGGACUGUUCGGACUCCCUGAGCUGGAGGGGGCGCUGCAGAGGCCGGGUCGGCGUCUUCCCUGCGGAGUACGUGCGAAGGCUGUAUCACUAGCUCCACGUCUGAGACGUGCUUCAAAGCUGUCCCGUGACAAACGCGCUUAAAACCAGCUGUUACACAAAACACUCCAAGUGACAGUCCAGAUGUUUUGAAGUGAGAAAAUCAUGAACAGCUAAUAUCUUACCUGUUGUGGGUAAAUUUGAAUGACCUCAGUUUAUUUCUAACCAGGUGGAUUAGCUACUGAUCUAAAGUACUGCCAUCUAAAAACAACACUAACACUUAGAUAUCUUAUAGCGGUACAUGCAGAAAAUAUUUGAUAAAAUUUUACUUUGUUGGACAUUCUGCAAUACAGGUUUUUUAUGUAACACUGUUGCAAAAUUAGAGUUGUUUUAAGAUGGCAACAAUUACCAUUGUUUUGACUAGCUGAUUGCUCAAUAAUCCAGUCAGAAUGAAACAUUGUUUCUCCAAAUUGAGAUUGUUUAAAGAACUAACCACAACAGGUAAGAUAUUCAUAGCUUACAACCUCUGCACAGAACCUCAUUUUAAAAUGUCUGAACUGUCCCUUUAAUAGUGCGUCAUCAGCUUCUUACAUCGAGGGGUUCAUUAGGAGGUCUUGUGACAAUGCUAACAGCUAAGUUUGAUUCUGUUUAUGGUUCUGCCUGUGUUCUUCUUACUGGACAAUAAAAUGAUGUCAUAUAUUUUAACAUGACAUCAUUGACAGUACAUAAAUAUUAUAUUCAAUACACAAAAUAUAUCACAAUUUCAAAAUCUCAUUUUCCUGAUCAGCACUCUGUGUUAAAUGAAUGGUCUUGKUUUUGUGUGGAUUGUACCAUGUAGUUAUAGGAGUCAGUAUCUUACCUGCAUAAGACAGAAGUCAGACUAAUGUCAGUUUGAAUAAUCAAGAACUUCAAACUUACACUUUUUCAGACACAUUUAAAAAGUGAGUUUCUGGCAUUUAAGAUAACUUGUGUCUAAAUCUAAAACAAAGUAUUCCGUUAAACAAGUAUUUAUUAGAUUUGAAGGUUCUAGAAAGUGGAAACUUGCUUCUAAAUGUUUCAUCUUCUGUUUAACCUCAACACUAAUGACUUUCUCAUUAAUUCUCUGAACUGAGAUUUCUGUCUACUGCAGGUAAGAUACUGACCACACAAAAGUCCUGUAAAUUGGAGGACUUCACUCAAAAGUAAAAUUUAAACAAAUGCUCAAACUUAUAGUUUGAUAGAAUGAAGCUUUGCAAACCUUUGCUGUCAGUCCUAAAAUCUUUGUUUUGUUACCAGACACUGAGUUAUUUUAUGUCUCUUCACACAUACCUGACAUGUUUCAGCGUCUUACUAUGUGGCCAGGGGGCAGGACUGUGCGUCACAGUGUUCCUGUUACCGUUAAUAGGUAUGAACCAGGAUGAGGGGGCCUACAAAAUCUCAUAUACCUGGGGUGACAUCCUGCAGCAGUGAAGCCAGCAGGAGGCGGUGCCGGCUCGUCAUUAUAUUUUGAUGGACAGACACCGCCUCCAAAAAACAUCCGCUGUGACACCCCUGAUGAAGACAGAAGUAAGAAACAUGUCAGGUAUGUCUGAUGAACUUGGUUGGAAUACUUUGCUGUCAGUUUUUACAACUUUCUGAGGUUUUAAAUGGAAACUUUACAGAACAACAUAAAUUAGAGGUUUARUUGCUUUUUUCAGUCUGAAUUGUUGGUUUUAUGUCGCUGCUGCACAAAAAGCAACUCAUAAACAUCCCUUUGGUUUCUAUGUUUGGUAACUAAUUUAAUCAGUGAAACAAAAAUGAACUCUCAAAUAAACAAUCGGCUUUUAAAGGGACCUUUUUUUAGCCUUUUUUCUUGAAGUGGCAGAAUUUACGUGUUUUACUUUGUUUUAUUAUAUUUUAUGUCCAUAAAAUCUUUAAUACCAGUAAAAUAAAUGUGCAUAGAUUCAGAUUAAAACAUGUCUCCCAUUAUGGUUUAGAAAUAUUUUAACACUUUAUUUUUGCAGAUAUCCUUCAAAAAUAAGAAAGAACACUGGAGAAAGGGGAUAUUUUUAUUAGACUGUUAUUUGUGCAACAAACAAGCUGUAUUUCACAUUCCUUCAAGAAUUGUUGACAUAACGAGACAUUAAAACUGAGUUUGUCUUGUGUG